AUGUUAUAGUUCCCCAAGGGUGCGAGGUUGAAGUCUUCAAAAUGGCGUUCUUAGUCUCCUCCACCUUCACCCUUCCUCUGCGAGUGCGCGCUUCACCACUCAACAAAAACAAGCAGGGAGUGCAUCAACAUCAAUUAUAUUAUCCUCUAGAUAGAUUUUUAAGCAAAGCAACUAUUCCAGCAGCUCAAAAGAUUCUUGGAACUUGCAGUUCAAAUAAACGCAUACUAUCCAUGAAAGGAAGCUGUCAUCGUUGUUUGAUGUCUUGCACAAUAUUUCUACAUGAAACUUACUCAUAUAAUUUGGAUGUAGAUUAUUGCACCGAAAUAGUUAUAUCUGGAUAUUGGGUGGGACCUGAUGCUGAUGAUGGGUGGGGAUUUGUGGAAGCUGUUAUUAAUCAAAUGAAUUGAUCUUGAUUUUUUUUAUAGAUAAGGAUUGAUUUUGAUUCAUUUUAUCAAAGAUUAAGUGUACGUGAGGCAGUUUCUAUUCUUGACAGGCUCCAUAAACUAACCAAUCUUUUGGAAAUUUGAGAGUAUCAUAUGAAUACUGGAGAGGUAUAUGUUCUAUUGAUGAAGUGGAGGCUUGAUGGAUGAGUUUUGUAGUGUGCACGUUUUGACUGGUGAACUAUUUUAGGUAUCUUGUCCGAAACUGUAAUUGACUAAGAUUGAACUUUGUGAAAACAAUGUCUUGUCUUUUGAAUCGGAUAGGCUGCUGAAGAUCUGAAGUUGACUGAACUUAAAUCUAGUGAAAAUGUCAAUUAUUCUUUACGAUCA